AUGGCAGCGUCCGUACACCACAUCGUUCCCAAACUCACUAUAACAACUGCAGCUCGUCCCGAGUCAAGACGACUCAGUUUCAACUCAGUCAGCCGCUGCGUUCCAACAACAGCAACAGCCGCUACUGACGCCGGGACUCAGCGAAUCACGGUGAAGAACGGGAACGAUUCGCUUGACAUAUGCAGAGUCCUUAACGGUAUGUGGCAGACUAGCGGCGGUUGGGGCCGUAUUGACCGAGAUGGCGCCGUUGAAGCCAUGCUUCGUUACGCCGACGCUGGUCUCUCCACCUUCGACAUGGCCGACCACUUUUACCCGUAUAAAUGA